UUUCUACCCGUCAUGGCUUUCAGCAUUCCAACCGAGGCCACCAUCCACAAGACUUUUCCGCGCGAUGGCUUGGCUGUGACCGCGUGCGAGAUGGGAUCCAAGUACUUCGUGAUCGCAAAGGAAGCUGCUCUCUACAUAUUCGACUUCGCUGAUAACUCCCUAACUACACUACAAGAGAAGGGUAAUAUCACUUGGUCUCUCGCCUUACGCGAGGAUAAGAACCUCUUAGUAACGGGUGGAACGGAGGGGGAGCUCCGGAUAUGGAAUAUACACACAAAAUCAGUCAUUCGCUCACUGAAGGGCCAUACUGCAACUGUCCGCAGCCUCCAGUUGGCAGAUGAUACCACGCUUAUCUCUGGUAGUCGCGAUUCGACCAUCUGUAUUUGGGACUUGAACUCUGAUUCAACUGAUCCAAAGUUGAUUCUAAAAGGGCACACAGAAACUGUGCGGCGCCUCAAAGCACACGGUGGGCUGCUCGUUUCAGGGGGGUAUGACGGGGAAGCGCGGGUUUGGGAUAUUCACACCGGGCAAUGUCUCCAUGUGCUCAAAGGCCAUACAGGGCCUUUGUAUGAUUUAUGUUUUGACGGGUCUCGGAUCGUCACAGGCAGUUUGGAUUCAACUAUCCGGGUUUGGGAUCCGCGCUCAGGAGCUUGUUUAGGAGCUCUUUCCGGCCACAGUCGAGUUGUCACCCGGCUAUUCUUACGAGAGGAUACUCUGAUCUCUGCGGAUAGUGUAGGAUUGGUGAAAGUGUGGUCUUUAGAUAAAGCGUCGGGUCGGACUUUAUCUGAAGAGAAAGGCGGAAGUGUGAUUUCGUUGGUGGCAGAUGACGAAAAUAUCCUCGUUGGCAACACCAAUGGCUCGGUAUAUUUAGUCAAUCAUGAAUCUGGAGCGACUAAGACCCUUGUGACCGGAGCAGAUGCUGUCUGGAAUGUGGGAUUCACACCAUCUAAUCGUCCGUUGGCGGUUCACCUUAAGGGGGGAGAUACUCAGUUGGACAUCUUCUGA